UCUCUACCACCGCCACCGCCGAAUUUCCAUAUGUCUUCCAUAAAAUCCAUCGCCCGCUUUGCAUCACCAGUUCUCAAGGUCACCCAAUUCGCCACCCCACCCUCCACGUACCCGCUCCAAAACGCCAAAACGCGGAUUUUUGGGAGUUCGUCAAAGAUUCGCGAAUUAGUUUUAGCGAGAGCGCGAUUUUGGUAUUUGGGAGCGCGAUCUCUGACCGAA